CCGGCCCCGCCCCGGCGCUUCCGCAGCGGCCCGGGCGCCAUGUGGCGGGCGGGGGCGGCGGGCGCCGUGCGCGCCGCGGGACGGGCGGCGGCGGCGGGGACGCGGCGAUGCGGCGGCACCGGGGGCGCCCCGAGGGCGGGUACAGCCGCCGCCGGCAGCGGCUGCAUGCAAUUACAGUAUUCUUCAGAUGUGAAGAGCAAGACUGUUUGGUUCAUGAAUUUGAGAAAUGAAGGAACUCUGAGUGACACAAGCUCUUUAGAUGAGACCACCUAUGAGAAACUGGCUGAAGAGACACUAGACUCCUUAGCAGAUUUCUUUGAGGACCUGGCAGAUAAACCUUUUACCCCAGAAGAUUAUGAUGUCUCUUUAGGGAGUGGAGUACUAACAGUGAAAUUGGGUGGAGACAUGGGAACAUACGUAAUCAAUAAGCAAACACCAAACCGGCAGAUUUGGCUGUCCUCACCCACUAGUGGGCCCAAGCGCUAUGACUGGACUGGACGGAAUUGGGUGUAUUCUCAUGACAGAGUAUCUCUUCAUGAACUGCUAUCAAAAGAGUUUUCAGCUGCUUUAAAAACUAAAUUGGAUUUGUCUUGCUUAAUAUAUUCUGGGAAAGAAGAUACUUGAUGGUAUUCUACCUCAUGGAAGUUUAAAGACUUCAACCUCAAACCAGGCUCCUUCUUGGGCUGAAGGACCUGAGCUUAAUUCUGUUGUUUUUCUUGGCAUCAAUAUAUUGUGCAACAAAAAUGAAAAUAAUAUAUUUUUUUCUUUAGUGCUCAGUCUUUGGAUUCCUGUGGGCUAUUUGAAUCUGUGCACAUGUAGUACAUGUGGUUGAGGUCGCCUAUCCUGUCACUUCAUUUCUUAUUUAUUUCUGCAGAAGUCCUGAAUUUUUAGUGUCUAUAGACUUCUUUGCAUGUAAGGAGUGACCGCCUGAUGACUUCUGACCACCUGUGACUUCAGCACACAAACACUGAACCUUUCUUGGUGAAAUACUCAGCCAAAACAAGAAAUGCUUGUGAAUUACAUUGACAUGAAUUGUGGUACUGUGAAUGUAUUGCCUCAAAAUUUGUGGCUAUCGUAAUACAUCAUAGUCACAUUUAACAUGUCAUAAUGUGUGUAAUGACAGGUUUUUUUCAUAGUAUUGCAGAAUUUGCUAGUCUUCAAAUUCUAAAUUGUAGUUUGUUUCACCUUGGGUGGGUUUUUUUUUAGCUAAACUUUGAAUGACUUCAACAUUUUUGUGGCUCUGAGCAUGAUAUGGAACUGGAAGGGCUAGCAUGUGAAGUUUCAGCUGUACAGCAAUGUCUCUGCAAACAUUUCAUUGUGUUACUGUGCAUUUCUCGUUCUCUACCCUUUUGUUCUUCAGAGAUUAAAAAUACUUUUUUUUAGCCAGCAAAAUUAACUUCAUGGUAGUGAAAAUUUGUGCUAAUUUUAUUUCAUUGCAUUUCUUAGGUGGUUUUAGAUGAUCUUGUUAUCACCAUAAUGCAGUAAGGCUCGCCCUGCCACCAUGCUGAUGCAGAAAUUUUGUAGAAUCAAGUAUGGUCCUUAAGCUGAUGAAGCUGUCUGUCAAGCUAUUAAAUACAUGAAGGAAAUAAACUAUAUACUUCAGAUCUUAAAACAAAAACAUUUAAAAGAAAUAAUGAAUGGCAACACUUCAGUAGUUGCACUGUUGUAAUAUUACAGCUUGCAGGUUUUAACUGCCUAUAAAAUGGGAAGGACCAAGUUCUUCACUAAUGCAUGAGGGGAAAAUUAUACCAUACUCUCUGAGAUUGUAUGUAAAGAUGUUCAAUGCAGAGCAUUUUUCUUCUUCGUUUCUCUGAUGCUGUGGUUAGUUUGACUGAUUCUCUCUCUACCUUGACAGGUUAGGAUGAAUUUUGUCAUUGAAAAACAAUAACUGUAAAGUGUUCUUGCCCAAUAUUUGCAUUUAGAGUAUAAAUAUUGUUACCUGCUAUUUCCCACUAUUAAACAGAGAAACAAUUCUA